AUGCAAGCCACCGCCAAAAUGCCACACCCAAGCCUCGAAUACACCACCGUCCAACCCCCCUCAUCCACCUACCCCCAAAACGCCACCCGCAACAACACCUCCGGUACCGACGCCUCCGUGCUCGACCGCCUCAGGAUCCGCGAAAUUUGCGAAGGCUGGGGCAUGUACCGCGACGCCGCAGAGUGGCAAAACUACUCUUCCAUGUUCCAUUCCGGCGCCUACAUUACUACAUCAUGGACGCAAGGCCGCCUCGACGACUUCAUCGCGUCCUCCAAAGAAGGGUUUGAGAAACAGACGCCACAUGGCCCGUUCCCGUACAUUCUGCAUCGCGUCUGUGGACAGACGGUCGAUGUACAAGGCGACCGCGCGAUAAGUAAAAUGAAAGUCACGAUUACAUGUCGCAUCAUGCUUGACGACAUCGAAAUGGACAAUGAAGCCGAUACCCGCUUCUUCUUUUUAUUAUCCAAGAACGAGGCUGGGAAAUGGGGUGUCAAUUUCAUGACCUUGUUGUUUGACAAGGAUAAGAUGGUUCCUGUGGUGCCGGGCAAGGCGUUCGAUGUGCCGGAGGAAGAGGUCAGGUAG